AACUUGAACUGUCCGGACUCGCACGCGGAGUGAUCGUUGUGCACGAAGUCAUUAUUAAUUCAUAAAACUCGCGUUUGGAUUUAUAUUUUUUAUGAUUAUAUAUUUUUUAUUUGUGUGAACAGCUGCUUAGAGAUGUUUUAAAAAGGUGGAUUAGCUAGUUAUUAGUUAUUGCUUGUGUGUUUUUGCACCGCGACGUCCACGUUUCGUUAAAAUAGUUAUUUUAAAAACUGAACGUAUCAUUGGUUUUUAUUAUUUGUUUUAUUUCUCUGAAAUUGUGCGCGUGGUCGGAGCCGAACGGGAUCGAGGGAGCGCGUGCGCGGUCCAGUCCUCCCAAACGUUUUUCCUCUUUUUCCCUUUUUUCUUCUCUUUUUUCAUGCUUGCUCUCUCUCUCUUUUUCGCUGCUCUCUCUAACCAUAAGCCAAGCAGCUGCACGUUCACGUUGAAGGUUUUCGUUGUUUUCGACAUGCUGCACCUCGUUUGGAGACAUUUUUAAGUUUUUUUUUUUUUUUUUUUUUUUUUUUUUUAAGCUGUUCAGUUCAUUUCCAAGCUAAAUCAGACUGAAGACUGGGAGUUAUGGAUGUGUUAUAGCGCAGAGGAGGAGGAAGGAGCAGCUAACGGUGGAGUUUAUCGCUUCUUUCUCUUCUUUUCUUGCUCCCCCUUGUCCUCGCCUGGUCCCCGCGGUGGUGUGCGUGGAGCGCGUGGAGGGAAGCAGCGGGUAGAUUAUGCUGGGCGCUGGGCACCAUGGGGGCGAACAGUGGCAAGCAGAGUGGCAGCGAAGGGAAGGCCAGUUCCAGCAUUUCCUCCGACCUGAGUUCAAGUACGGAUCAGACGUCCACCAAAGCUCCAAAGAAUGCAGCUACCAGCGAAGACUCUGACGUGAGCAUGCGGACACUGAGCACGCCCAGUCCGGCUCUUAUCCUCCCUCGCUGCUCUCCUGCCUUCUUCAAUGGCUCCUCCACUUCGUCUUCCUCCUUUACUGCAGAGACUGUUGCAAUGGUGCACUCGCCACCUCCCGCCGGCCUCACGCACCCUCAACGGUGCCUGCGACAGCCUCGGGACCAGCAGGGGGCGCUCAUUGAUAUCCUGCCAGACCACGCCUUUCUACAGAUCUUCUCCCACCUGCCCACCAAUCAGCUGUGCCGCUGUGCACGCGUGUGCCGCCGGUGGUACAACCUGGCUUGGGACCCAAGGCUGUGGCGGACUGUGCAGCUGGCAGGUGAUGUGCUACAUGUGGACCGUGCCCUGAGAGUGCUCACGCGGCGUCUGUGCCAGGACACACCCAACGUCUGUCUCACUCUGGAGACGGUGGUGGUUAGCGGCUGCCGCAGGUUGACUGACCGUGGCCUCUACACGGUGGCACAGUGUUGCCCAGAGCUAAGACGGCUGGAGAUGGCUGGAUGCUACAACGUGUCCAACGAAGCCGUGUUCGAGGUGGUCUCACGAUGUCCGAACCUGGAGCACCUGGAUAUUUCAGGCUGCUCUAAGGUUACCUGCAUCAGCCUGACCCAGGAGGCGUCCGUCAAGCUGUCUCCUCUCCAUGGCCAGCAGAUCUCCAUCCGCUACCUGGACAUGACCGACUGCUUCGCCCUGGAGGACGAGGGCCUGCACACUAUUGCCGCUCACUGCACUCAGCUCACACACCUCUAUCUGCGCCGCUGCGUGCGCCUGACCGACGAGGGUCUCCGCUUCCUCGUCAUCUACUGCACGUCCAUACGCGAGCUCAGUGUUAGCGACUGCCGCUUUGUUAGCGACUUUGGCCUGCGCGAGAUCGCCAAGCUCGAGGGCCACCUGCGGUACCUCAGCAUAGCGCACUGCGGUCGCAUCACGGACGUUGGCGUGCGCUACAUCGCCAAGUACUGUAUCAGGCUACGCUACCUGAACGCACGUGGGUGCGAAGGACUUACAGAUCACGGCAUCGAGCACCUGGCCAAGAGCUGCCUCAAGCUGAAGUCACUGGACAUCGGCAAGUGCCCGCUGGUUUCAGACGCGGGUCUAGAGCUGCUGGCGCUAAACUCCUUCAACCUGAAGAGACUCAGCGUGAAGGCGUGCGAGAGCAUCACAGGCCGGGGUCUGCAGGUGGUGGCGGCAAACUGCUUCGAUCUGCAGCUGCUGAACGUGCAGGACUGUGACGUGCCACUAGAGGCGCUGCGCUUCGUCAAACGCCACUGCAAACGCUGCGUCAUCGAACACACCAACCCGGCCUUCUUCUGAAAGGGACAUGGAAAUAUGACGAAAUACGACAGUGGCUCGUGCCCCAAGGGCUGAUUCGUACAAAGAAACAGCUGUUUUUAGAGGAAUACUCCUGCCGAAAAUGCUCAUUUUGCUAUAGUGAAUGAAAGAUAACAGGGAUUAGCAUAAUCUCAUUUGCACAGUGCUAACUAGACCUGUUUCCGUUCAUUAUAAGCAACGCUAGCACUUCUGGGUGAGGUAUUUCUGUCAGUUUUGGAUACAUUAAAAUGCCAAGACAAUCUUUGUGGGAGACUCGUGACAAUGUUUUAAAAAAGCAGCACACUGAAUGUGAUGAUACACUGCAAAAAACUAAACUAAACAAAAAACUAGUAUUGAUUAGCAAUGAAAAGCAAAGUUUUCAUUCUAGUCAUGUUUCGUACUGUUCAGAUUGAGGUGAAGCACAUCUACAGCCUGUAGUAUGGAGCUGCAGUCCUACAGAAAAAGGAGUAAACUGGUCAACAAUCCUCAGCUUGGGUGAUGGUGGAAGCCCCAGCCUAAACGAGUCUAGCUAGUUAGUUUGCUAAAAUGUUGAGGAGGUGGCUCACCUAUGCACCUAUUAACAUUUUUAUUUUUUAUUUUUAUUAUUUUCUACAUUGUAGAUUCAUAUUGAAAAUAUCUAAAGUAUGAUGGAUCAUGAUUCAUGAACAAAAUGUAUUAAACAAGCCAAACUAUGUCUUAUUUUUUUAGAUUCUUCUAAAAGUAGCACCUUUUGCUUUGAUUCCAAAUAUGCCCACUCUUAGUGAUGUUCUCUUUAAGGGGUGAUAUUCCAGCUUCAAGGGGUAGAACCUGGAAUGGUUCUCCAAAUGUCUUAAAGGAGUUUUAGAGGUGCUAAGCUCUUGUUAACUGCUUUUCCUUCACUCUUUGUUCCAACUCGUCUCAGCCACCUUGAUUGGGUUUUAAAGUCAGGUUUUUAUAUUGGCCAAACAAUUACUGCAUAUGUUUUCUUUUUUUUAUAGAUUUUACGAUUUUAAUAUUAACCAGCAAUGUAGAAAAUUAUACAAACAAAGAACAAAUAUUAAUUAGAAUGUGUAUCCUAUAUAGAAAUAUAUAGGUAGUCAUAUACUAUGAGAAAAAAUAAACAUAAUGGAGUAUUUUCUUUAUGUAAAGACAAAGAUAUAACCGUUAUUUAAGCCAAAAAGAUAUUGUGCAUCAAAAUAAAUCAGAAUAAAUAAACUAGCUUAUUAAAUAUCAUUUCUACUGCAGUGCCACACUCCCUGAAAUAAGGGAGAAAAUAAGGUAAAUGACCCAGAUAUGAUAAAUAAGACAACAUUAAUAUUACAAAAAAAACUGUGGCAAGUUGCCUUUUAAGUAUUUAAAAUAAACAUGGUGAAGAUUCUUUACAAGAGGUCACCAUUGGUACUUCAAUAGUUUGUGAUGCUUUGCAACAAUGCCACUGCGUGUCCAUGUUACCCAUAUUAGCUUAUUUACUUAUAUGUGUAAAAUAUAAAUUGCACAAUUUCUUUAUUGAAUAUUAUUAUAAGAUACAAAAUAGUUAAAAUAUGUUUUUUCAUAUUUUAAACAUAAAGAUGCCUUUCUGUUUAUAUUUUAAACACAGCUUAUUAAAUGGUUAAAUAGAAAAAUAUGCUUUACUUUAGUAAUAAUGAGUAUAUUAGAUAAAAAAUAUAUGAGUUAAUAUGUUAUUAUGAGCUACCUCAUCAGCACUUUAGAUAAACAGCUAAUCUGGAUAGCUUGUUAUUCAGUUGGUUAUCUUGGACCAGCUUGGGGCUUUCUGUGUUUCUGUACGGUCAGUCAUCCAUCUGUUUGCAUUAAUACUAAAGCAGUUGUCAUGUUUGUAUUAAAACAUCUGAUCACCAAAUUUUGGAGCAAAAUCUAUUGUUUAGUUUAAUGUAUCUCAGCCUUUAAGUGUCACUAAUGGAAACUUCCACUGUCAGUUUAAUAUGACUGAUUUACCAAGGACUUUUUUCAUGUUUUUUUUAUUUUUUUUUUUAUGAUUUUUUAAUUAUAUUUAUAUAUGCUCUGUCUGUAUUUUCCUCCCCUUACACUCAUCUGAAUACAUUACUGGUAACCUGUACAGAAGUAUAUAUUCUAUUUUGAAAGGGAAUUUUAAGGAAUGAAAGACCAGCGGUGAAGUUUGUUGUCACUUUUGGACGUUCCAGAACCAAUGAAGUAUUAUGAAGUAUAAUAUUAAAGCGGCAGUCCCUAAGAUUUUUUCUUUUAAACUGAAAGCAAUAGUAUUCUUGAGUUGGGAGAGGAAAUUAGAGAAAAUAUCCUGAUUUAUGGCUGUCUAAUAUAUUCAUUCAAAAACAGAGUGAUCUGGUAGGUCUGUAGGAUAUAAAUGCUUUUUGUAUUUUGACAGCAUUUCACAAAUUAAAGAAACAAACUUAAAAACAGAUUUUCAUACAGCAAUUUACUUAUUUCGUCUUUUCUACAUGAUCUGUGCUCGGUAAAUCCCCAGCUUCCCCAAAUCUACGGAUUGUUGCUUUAACUAAAUAAUGGUGAAGAUCACAAGAAAUUAGAUCCACUCUACAGUAUGUGGCACAUUGUCCAACUUUCAGGACCACAGUAGCCUACAUUUUUACAGAAUGUUUACAUAGGUUUUUUUGUUAUUAUGAAUGUCAACUAUGUCUGGUUAAUUGUUUUAAAGAUGCAUUGAACCAAUGUUUUCACUUUUUUACAGAAACUUUAUAUUAAUCAAAAAAGCAGGUCAUGCACCGGUGCCAUUUUUAUCUUACAUAAGACUUUAAAAUGGUCAGAAUUGGUCAGUUUGUUUCAGUUGUCUGAGAAGAGGGAAUGCAAUUGUGGAAUAAAGAAGGUCUAAGCCAUAUUACAAAGGGAGCAUGUUGUGUCUUGUGUUUUAUUAAGCAUAAUGUUUUUACGGUUGCGUACUGCAACUAUAUUUUUAUCUGAUUUAUUUUCUACUUAUUAUUUUUUUGCUGAAUUAAAUGAAUGGGUU